UGUCGGCUUUCAGCACCCAGCACGUCUGCUUUCGUGCUGUCAGAGUUAACUGGGCAACAGGUUGGAAUACUUGUUGUGCAACAGAUCCAGACUUGCUUGGUUUCUGCAGAGUCACCGGAUAAUCUGUAAAUCGGCAAAGAUGGCAGAGCUGAUGGAAAAUGAGGUAGUCAGGGCUUUCAGCACAUAUGCAGUUAUUGUUGUCGUGAAGAUGCUACUGAUGGGGCCAAUAACUAGUUACAACCGCUUCACCAGAGGGUCUUUCUCUAAUGAAGAGGAUGUGGCCAGAAAGUCUUCAGAAGAAAAGAAGAAGCUGCUGAAAACUCACCCAGAUGUAGAACGAGUUCGAAGGUGUCACCAGAAUGACCUGGAGAACAUUAUUCCCUUUGUGAUUGUCGGCCUCAUUUAUGCUCUGACUGGACCCGAGCUUUCUGUCGCUCUUCUUCACUUUCGCUUUUUCGCUGGCGCUCGGAUCUUCCACACCAUUGCCUACAUUGGCGCUCUGCCUCAGCCGAGCAGGGCUCUCUCCUGGGUCCUGGGCAUGCUGGUCACCUUCUCAAUGGCUUACAGAGUGCUCAACACAGUUCUUUUCCUGUAGAAAACGUACUUGCCCAUAGAGCUGACU